CAACCACAGAUAGCCAUGUGGACAACAAGGAUCAUAGUUUAUCCUACUCCAAGUUUCCAUGGCCAUAAACCCUCUGCUCUUUCAUGUAGCUUCUGCUUUAAGAUCAUUCGCAAAUCCAUUUUUCAAACUCAAAGAAAAUCACAAAUGGCAACUGCUCUCAUGUCUUCUCUCCCUCAAUUCACUGGCCUCAAAGCCACCUCACCAUCACCCGCCCCAAUCCAAAGCAUGGUAGCAUUACCAAUGAAGCCUAAGGGAAAGGGAAAGGGAGCUCUAGGUGUUCGUUGUGAUUUUAUUGGGUCGUCCACAAAUUUGAUCAUGGUGACAUCAACAACCUUGAUGUUGUUUGCUGGUCGAUUUGGAUUGGCACCAUCAGCAAACAGGAAGGCAACUGCGGGGCUAAAGCUUGAGGUAAGGGAUUCAGGACUCCAAACCGGCGACCCUGCUGGCUUCACUCUUGCUGAUACUUUAGCUUGUGGGACUGUUGGUCAUAUUAUUGGUGUUGGUGUUGUUUUGGGCCUCAAGAACAUUGGUGCUAUCUAGACUCAAUCGAUCCUUGGAAACAAACUUUCAUGUUAAUAACAUUUUCGUGAUUGUUUUCUCUUUCGAUUUAUGUUUGUUUGUUGUGGAGUUUAAAUUGUUUAUGUAAAGAUAUGGAGAACCACUAAAACUAAUAUGCACAUAACUCCAACAUACAAGCAUGUUUAUUGAAAAGAAUGCAUGCAUGUAGUAAAAAGCUAAUCAAUUGGUAAGUAAAUUUUCUGGU